GAGGAAUAUAAUAAAAUGUCACCUGAAGUGGCCUUGAACAGAAUUUCUCCAGCACUUUCACCCUUCAUUUCCAGCGUGGUCAGAAAUGGAAAAGUAGGACUAGAUGCUACUAAUUGUUUACGGAUUACAGACUUGAAGUCUGGCUGUACAUCCUUGACCCCUGGACCCAGCUGUGAUCGUUUUAAGCUACAUAUCCCUUAUGCGGGAGAAACACUCAAAUGGGAUAUAAUUUUUAAUGCUCACUAUCCUGACCUGCCACCAGAUUUUAUCUUUGGAGAGGAUGCUGAGUUUUUGCCAGAUCCUUCUGCCUUGCAUAAUUUGGCUUCUUGGAAUCCUUCAAACCCUGAAUGCCUCCUGCUUGUUGUGAAAGAGCUUGUGCAGCAGUAUCACCAGUUUCAGUGCAGCCGAUUACGGGAGAGCUCUCGGCUUAUGUUUGAGUAUCAGACUUUACUAGAAGAGCCCCAGUAUGGAGAAAACAUGGAAAUCUAUGCUGGCAGAAAAAACAACUGGACUGGAGAGUUCUCGGCUCGCUUCCUCUUGAAAUUGCCUGUCGAUUUCAGCAAUAUUCCUACAUACCUUCUCAAGGAUGUGAACGAAGACCCUGGAGAAGAUGUUGCACUUCUCUCCGUUAGUUUUGAGGAUGCAGAAGCUACUCAGGUUUUUCCUAAGCUGUACCUCUCCCCACGUAUUGAACAUGCGCUUGGAGGAUCAUCUGCUCUUCACAUCCCAGCCUUUCCUGGUGGAGGUUGUCUCAUUGACUAUGUACCCCAAGUAUGCCAGCUGCUAACAAACAAGGUACAAUAUGUUAUUCAGGGAUACCAUAAGAGAAGAGAGUACAUUGCAGCUUUCCUGAGUCACUUUGGAACUGGUGUGGUGGAAUAUGAUGCAGAAGGAUUCACCAAGCUUACUCUGUUGCUGAUGUGGAAAGACUUUUGCUUCCUUGUUCACAUUGACCUACCCCUGUACUUUCCUCGAGACCAACCAACCCUAACAUUUCAGUCCGUCUACCACUUCACUAACAGUGGCCAGCUGUACUCCCAGGCCCAGAAGAAUUACCCGUACAGCCCCCGAUGGGAUGGCAAUGAAAUGGCCAAGAGAGCAAAGACGUAUUUCAAGACAUUUGUCCCUCAGUUCCAGGAGGCAGCAUUUGCUAAUGGAAAGCUUUAG